AUAGCGCGACGACAGGAAGUAAGCUUUUGGGCUGCUGUAUUACACUAGGUCGGGAGCUCCAGAGCUAUCAGGACUGCGAUCUCUCCCCUUUUCCUUGCUGCUAUGGAUAACGCCUGCGAGUCGCCCACGGAAAAAGGAGGAGAAACAGGGGAGCCAGAUGAAACGGCCGCUGCUCCCCGGGGCCCAGGAGCUACCGACACGGACGGAAUCCCGGAGGAAACUGACGGAGACGGAGAUGGGGACUUGAAAGAAGCGACGGCCGUAGAAGGCGAGCUCAAGAGUCAGGACAUCUCAGAUUUAACAGCAGUUGAAAGGGAAGACUCAUCUUUACUUACUCCUGCAGCCAAAAAAAUGAAAAUAGAUACCAAAGAAAAGAAAGAGAAGAAGCAAAAAGUGGAUGAAGAUGAGAUUCAAAAGAUGCAAAUCCUGGUUUCUUCUUUUUCGGAGGAGCAGCUGAACCGUUACGAAAUGUAUCGCCGGUCAGCCUUCCCUAAGGCAGCCAUUAAGAGGCUGAUCCAGUCCAUCACAGGCACCUCUGUGUCUCAGAAUGUUGUUAUUGCUAUGUCUGGUAUUUCCAAGGUUUUCGUCGGGGAGGUGGUAGAAGAAGCACUGGAUGUGUGUGAGAAGUGGGGAGAAAUGCCACCACUACAACCCAAACAUAUGAGGGAGGCUGUUCGGAGGUUAAAGUCGAAGGGGCAGAUCCCCAACUCAAAGCACAAAAAAAUCAUCUUCUUCUAGACCAAAGCCUAGAAAGGCCUGGUACUGAAGGGAAAAGUGCUGGUUCCAGACUUGCUGCUGCAUGAGACUUUCGCACUGGUGCUUUCUUAUCUUGGUCCUCCAAGGAUUCCAUGAUGAUUUUACUGUCUUUCUUGGAACUCUGAUAUUCAUCAUAUCUAAAAGACAUGCAGCCGGUUUCAUACCUGCCUUGACUAAAUAUUGGGACCUCUGGGCAUUUUGAGGCAUUUAACUGUUUCUUGACCAGUUGGAAGAAGGUACGUGGGCCUUAAGCAUCUUCUAGACAGGGAAGCUGCUUUCAGAGAGAAAACCUUUCCAGGAGAGCUUCGACGGUUUCGCACUGAAGCAUGACUUAGGUUGUUUCUCCCUUCUGGUUUUAAGUAGAUGAAACAACCAGAAAUUAUGACUUGAGACACUCUACCAUGAAGAACACAGUGAUAGCAACAGUAGUGGAAAAAUUAGUCCCUGUAAAGAUGUAAAGUUCUCCUAUGGAUUUUGGUGAGCAUUAAACUGUUUUCCAACUUGCCA